AUGUCUUCCAGUAUCAUGCGUGGGUAUUUCGAUGUCCAGGAAUACGGUGCAACUGGACUUGGAAAGGCCAAUGACUCUCCGGCAAUCCAAAGCGCCAUCAAUGCAGCAGCCGCUGCUGGAGGUGGAAUUGUUUGGUUUCCACCAGGUCUAUAUCUCAUUGAUAAGCGCACGGAUACAGGCUUGGAUGCCACACGGGGUCUCACUAUUGAUACCUCUGUUAUUCUAGCUGGGGCAGGCACUGGAAAACCACAAUUCAACGACAAUCCAUUGGGCAGCCCACUUGCCACGAAUGGCUCAAAGCUGAUGGUCACUAAUCGUGAUAUCACUCCAAUCUUUGUUACUGGGUGGGGUACAAUUAUCCGUGAUAUGGCGAUAUACCACGAACAACCAGAACCUGUGGAUGACCAGCCCUGGAAACCUGACCCAUAUCCAGCGACUAUCUUGGUUGCUGCGCACGAUGUGUGCCUAGAAAAUUUAUUUUUACGAAACCCAACGGUUGGGAUUGUAUCAGAAAAUGCGGGGCGUUUAAGCAUAAGCCGUUUAUUUGGCCAACCACUUCAAACCGGUAUCUCGAUCGACAACGCAAGAGACAGAGUGAAGAUCGAUAAGGUUCAUUUCUGGCCUUUCUGGAAUGGAGCGACGCCCGUCAAAAAAUACAUAUUCGAUAAUGCACACGCUAUUGAAAGCUAUCGUAAUGAUAAUCCAGUGUUCUCUAACAUUUUCACUCUUGGAUACAGCACUGGAUUCCUAUUUAGCAAACGGGACAAUACACCUCAAGGAGACAUCACCAGUAAGUUUCAGAUUACGAACGCAGAUAAUGACUACGGCUACCAGGGUAUCAAAAUUGAUGGACCUCUGACAACUGGCCAUAUCGUUAAUUACAACUUCCAGGGGGAUAAGGGGUCGGAGACCGGAAUAAAUAUUCAAGCUCCCGGUGUCAUAGUCCAGGCAACUAAUGUCAGGAUCAAAAUAACCGAGACCAAUUCCAUUCGUGCUUCAGGCGCGGGUGCUCGCUUGAAUUUAGACAAUGUUUGGAUUCAAUCUUGGAAUAAAAGUGGCAUUGGGUUUCCAGGUAUUGAAGCUGUGGAUAGCGACACUGUUAUUUCUGUAGGGUUUAACCUACAUUUCACUGAGGGAGAAGGUAGGCUGACGGGCGGGAAUGGUGUUAUUGCGCGUGCUACCCCUGUGGUCAACAAUUGA